AAACAUUAAUCGCCUUGUGCCCACCCACCAAGAUGGCUCCUUUAUGGGGCAAUACUCGAUGUUUGACGUGAAGUUAUUUACACACCUGGAAUUAAACGUCCAUUGAGACAAGUUGUGGAUGUCUUUCGAUGCACGGUGUGCGUGAAACAGAUCAAGAAAGAGUGCGUGCUCUGUAGCAGUGAAGAAUCGAUCGAGUUCCUGAAGAAAAAAAUUAUACGGGACGGCCGGUUGGUGUAAUACAUAGCUCGCUUGCCGAACAAAAAUCUGUACAGAUACACAGUGCCAUUCCAAAGAACCAUUGCUCACAGUUGUGCUAAAUUAUGAAUGCUGUGCUUUAUAGAGAGAGAUAAAAUUUGAAGGUUACUUGUCUCAAAAUCUGUAUCACUAAUUUUUAGUAAUAUUAGUUUGUCAUUCAUAAAACUACAAUAAUAACAAUUGUAUUAACAAAGCUCAAAUGAAAAUUUGGCAAAUGACAUUUGUUUAUAAUAAUUCAUAUAUACAUUUACAUGUCGUACAAAAGUUUGAGACUUGAUAUAAUGACCAAAGGGAGACAUACUCAUGUUUAAUAAUUGCAAAGAUAAAUGAAUAAGAGAAACUAUUGAUAGUGGUACUUAAAAAUGUCCUGAGUAAAGUUUGACAAAAAAAAGAUUUUUAUUUUCACAUUUAAUUACAUAAGUGAUCUAAAAUUAAGCUUUAAAAAUGGCAAGGAAAAGUGAUAAUAUCAAAACCAUCAAUGUUGCUAUUGUUGGUCUUUCUGGUACUGAGAAAGAUAAAGGACAAGUUGGUGUUGGAAAGUCAUGUCUCUGUAAUCGUUUUAUGCGUUCUUUGAACGAUGAUUAUAAUGUGGACCAUAUAUCAGUGUUAUCACAGUCAGAUUUUAGUGGUCGGGUGGUAAAUAAUGAUCAUUUCUUAUAUUGGGGUGAAGUUACAAAAACAGCAGAGGAUGGAACAGAGUAUCAAUUUCAAGUGAUAGAACAUACAGAGUUUAUAGAUGAUGCAUCAUUUCAACCUUUUAAGGGUGGUAAAAUGGAACCAUAUGCGAAAAGAUGUGCAGCCACAAAAAUUACUAGUGCAGAGAAGCUUAUGUAUAUUUGCAAAAAUCAGUUAGGCAUAGAAAAAGAAUAUGAACAAAAAGUUUUACCCGAUGGUAAAUUAAAUAUUGAUGGUUUUUUGUGUGUAUUUGAUGUAAGCGUUGUACCAAAUAGAUCUAUAGAAAAACAGAUUGAAAUAGUAGCCAAUAUAUUGAACAGUUUAAUGAAGACUAAAAAACCAAUAGUUUUGGUAACAACUAAAAAUGAUGAUGCUAAUGAACAAUAUGUAAAAGAAGCUGAAAAAUUAAUAAUGCGUAAAGAAUAUAAAGGUUCCAUUUUAAUAGUUGAAACAUCUGCACAUGAAAAUAUUAAUAUUGAUUUGGCAUUUAUGAUUUUGGCUCAAUUGAUUGAUAAAACCAAAAUGCGCAGCAAAGUAACACCGUUUGCAGAAGCGGCUAGAGCCAGAAAAGAAUUACUGGAUGCAUCUACAGAAUCUUUACAAAGAUUGAUUCGAGUGCACGUUACUGACUAUAGAGCACUAUGGUCUCAAGCAUCUAAAAAGUUAGCGCAACAUAAAGAAUUUUCAACAUUUGUGGAAUUGUUUGGUAUUGAUGCAACCCAAAGAUUAUUUAGGAGACAUAUUAAAAAAUUAAAAGAUGAACAAGUGGCAAAGAAGAUUCAGGGAUAUUUAGAUAUGUUACCUGAUAUUCUUCAUGAAAUAUGUCCUGAUGUAACAAAUUUGAUUAAUGAAGAGUGGUCUGCAGUACAACAGUAUAUAAAAGAACAUCCUGAUUUUCAUCAAUAUUUUUAUGAAUGUCCUGAGGAUAUCCCGUGGAUUGAUUGUGAUUUUGGUGAAAACAAUGGAACAAAAAUUCCUUACGAUGUUUUAGAAACACCAGAAGCCGAAACCGUUUUCAAAAAUCAUAUAAAUAUAUUGCAACAAGAACAGCGGCGAUUAGAAUGGAAAAAGCAAUUUAAACAAUUGUUAGAAGAAACUGGCUAUGUUACUCCAGGAAAGCAUUUGUCUGAAGUUAGAGUUCUUUUUAUGGGCAGAGAAUGCUUUGAAGCUCUUUCGCAUCAUGAUUGUCAAGAAAUAUAUGAUCAACAUCAAAAGGAAAUUAUUGAAAAAGCAAAACAUAAUUUCCAAGAAUUAUUACUAGAACAUGCUGAUUUGUUCUAUCAUUUUAAAAGUAUAGCACCAACUGGUACUAUAACACAAGAUGAUAUUAAAGAAAUAACAGAUGCAUUGGUGGAUGAUUUUAGGUAUAAGGCUUUAGAUAGACUAGAUCAAGAUAGAAAAUUAAUGCUUUUUCAACAUUUGGGUUUUGUACAUUGUCCUAUAAGGGAACAUUGUCCAGCUUAUCCAAAUUGCAUGGAUGCACUUAUAGAACGAAUACUUGGAACGAAAGCUCACAGGCCUUCUUCAUGGAAUCAUAGUAGUCAGUGGCAAUUAACAUCUGAUAACAAUCAAUUAAAUUUAGUCAUACUUGGAAGCAGUGGACUUGGCGAAGAAUUUGCUCGUGAAAUAAGAGCACAAACGGAGGACGACGAAGUAGAAAUUGAUUGUCAGUUAUAUACGCUUGGAUAUCGAAUAAUCGAUGGUGACGUCGGACUACCACACAAUUCAUUUACCACUUCUGACUUUAUGCCUCACGGGUCAUUCUGCAUUUACGCAGAUGAUUAUUCGUUUGAAUAUAUCCGUUCUUCUUUAGAAAAGACUUUAUUGUCGAAUUUAGAACAGGAAGAUAGGUUACCAUUUCAAGGAUUACCUAUUGUUAUUAUGUUUGUGCCAGAAUCAACUAUAGAUGAAAUGGAAGCAAUACGACUUAGGAAAGAGGGUCAAAAUCUUGCUGAUAGUUUACAGUGUCCAUUUAUUGAUGUCUGUAUAGAGGAUUUGGAGCAAGAUAAAAGGUUUCCUGCUCCGCUUGUGAAAGACGCAUUGCAACAACUUAUACAGUCUAUAAAUCAUAGAGCUGGUUUUUUAAAUAUUUACCAAAGUGUUAUUGAAUGUUUAGAACCGGAUAUUAGAAUAAUAAUGUGUAUGUUCUGUGGGGAUCCAUAUUCCGUCGAAAAUGUACUCGGUCCUCUACUCAAUCAUCAAUGUUGUUUCCUUAGUGGCGACCGAUCGAUUGUUUUAGAAACAUUUCUAGGGGAGUCGAAACGAAGAGUUGAAGUUAUUAUUUCAAGUUUUCACGGGGCAAAUGCAUUUAGGGACGAGUUAGUACAUGGUUUUAUACUAGUUUAUUCUACAAAAAGGAAAGCAUCACUCGCAACUCUUAAUGCAUUUUCCAUGAAUAUACCAAACUUACCGAUACAAAUAAUGGCUGUGACUGACACUGGAGGUGCUAAUGCUUUCUUCAGUAAUGACUUAAGUCAUUUACUUAUUACGGAAGGAAAUGCAAUUGCGGAUAAAUUACAAGCACAUUUUAUGACAUCAGCAUCCAGUUGCCAACAGAAAACGGCAUUUUAUACUCCAUUCUUCAAAGAAGUAUGGGAGAAAAAACCUGAAAUUGAACAAGCAUUUAAUAUGGAAGAACCGGGUAAUCUGAAUGAUAGUGGCGAAGGAACUUUGGAAUACUCUGCAUUACAUCCUAUGCCACCCCCACGACAUGAAAGUUACCACCUUCAAACACCGGACGAUGGAAGUGGUUCCGAAUCGUAUGAACAGUUAACUCCUGAUGGUGAUCUUGGAGAUACAGGAUUAAACGAACAGUUUGCCGACAAUAGAGCUACGCCUAGUGAUGACAGUGAUAUUUAUAGCCAAGUAGAAUUUUAUAGAGAAGAAAGAGAAAGAGAUUUGUUAAAACCAGGAGAUAUUACAAACAAAUUAUCUGGUUGGGUAAAAGACACGUUUAUGCAUCAAGAUGGAGUAACUAAUAGUUAUUCUCACAGAGCUUUCACAACAGGCAGGCGUCAUAUUUCUCAGACAAAACCACGACCGAAAGGAAAUAGUCAAACCUUAAAACAACCUGGCAAAAUAAAUUUAAAAGAUUUUUCAAAUGUAACAGAUGCCAUAGCUAGAAUGACAGUAGGUGAGAAGGAUGAACAUGGUCCUAAGAUAACUAUGGGUCAUGCCCCUCUUGCUACACCCGAAUUGGUAGACUUAGGUUCCGAAUAUGCGCAAGUUAAAGACGUUGUGCCCAGUCUUUAUCCUUCUUAUGAUGGUGAUUAUAUGUACGCUUCAGUACAAGAUUCUAUUGGAAAUAAUAAACCCAAGUUACCAUAUAGUGAUUCUGAUUCUGAGUGGAGUUCUUUGGAGAGACAAAGGGUUGCUGAUGUCUUAGGUAAAGCAAACAAAAAACCAUCAUCACACAAAAGGAUACGAAAGAAACGUACUGCUAUACCUGUCGCUGCACCUAAAGUUCCAUCUUUGGCUAGUAUGGGAAGCGGGGAUGGUAUUGUUGGUUUGAAUUAUAAUAUCAAAGAGGAUAAAAAUUGGCGAGUAAAUCCUACAGAAAGAGUGUCUAGUGAAACACCAGAUUCUUCCGAAUCUAGUGAUCCAGAGCAUACUUCGAGAUCCAGAGCAAAACAAUAUAAACAUGCUGCUGCUAGUCUACGAAAAAGAUUUGGAAAUUCAUUACCACAGCAACAUUUACCUACAUCGUUACAACAUCCCUACAAUGUAAAACAUAUGACUCAAGAAAUGUUUAGUGCUUCCUACAUUCUUUUUCGAUUUGGUAUUUUAAAUAAGGUCAAAGAUGGCGAUAAAUUGAACAGAAAAAAGGACAAACAAAAAGCGAAAGAAGAUGAAAAGUUAGAGAAGCGUCGCCAAAAAGAGGAAAAGCUUAAAAAACAUGCAGAGAAAGAAAAGGAAAGGGAAAAGAAGAAACAAGAAAAAAUAAAACAAACUAAAGGUGCUAGUUCAGCAUUAAGCAUGAGUCAACAACCAUUAAUUGAAGAUUUCGCACAAAGUGAAACAAAUCGAAUACCACUGUUUCUUGAAAAAUGCGUGCAAUUUAUUGAAGACGAAGGAUUAGAUUCUGAAGGUAUAUAUAGGGUUCCUGGAAAUAGAGCGCAUGUUGAACUCCUCUUUCAGAAGUUUGAAGAAGAUGGAAAUGUAGACAUACAUUCAUUGGAUAUACCAGUAAAUGCUGUUGCAACUGCUUUGAAAGAUUUCUUUUCAAAGAGGCUACCACCAUUGAUUGAUAAAGAACGAAUGAGCGAACUCGAGGACAUUUCGGAGUGGCUGAAAAUUGUAAGCUGAACAGUAUGGAUAGUAAAAAUUUGGCAAUCUGCUGGUGGCCUACUUUAUUACCUAUAGAAUUUAACGACCUUGGUAGAUUUGAAGCAAUGAGACCAUACCUGGAAGAUGUUGUUCAAACGAUGAUAGAUCAAUAUCCUUUCUUGUUUUGCGGUGAAGAAGCUAUCGUAAUGGUGUAGUAAAAGACUACAUUAUUUCGAAUUGUACAAUUUGAGGUUGUAUAAGUAAAACAGGAAAUAAUUACACGUCAAUACGGUGUGUAUUACUUCUGUAAAGUUUAGUCCUUAUGAUCAUGAAUAAUGAUUAAUGAUUGGUCUCGUUAUGUUUAUAUACUAUGACUUGAUCGUAGUAUACUUGAGCUACGACUAGGAUAAUUUUCCUGACGCGAAGACCGAACAAAUUAAUUUACGUUUACAUACUCGUUCCAUUGCAAAGUGUGACUGACGGAGUGAUAGAUUAAUGGUCCUAAUGAUGGCUGUUUGCAGGCCCGAUAAUAACGCGCAUAAUAAAAAGUCAAUCCAUGUGUCAUAACAGUAUGCAUGUAUCAUGUUGGAUGUAUUCAGAGCGAUGUAUUUAUUAACAUGUAUUUAGAUGUAAGUCUCGAUAUUUGAUACUAGCGAAUACUCGUAGUAAGCUCGAUGUUGCUUUUUUAUCCGAUGUUUUUUUUUCUUUUUUCUUUU